AUGUCCGCCGCUGAUGCCGGCGAGAGCCAUGGAACCAAUCCCUUCGUGUGUAAUGUCUGUCAGAAGACCUAUGGGCGUAUCGACCACCUGGCAAGGCAUUUCCGCAGUCGUGAGUGGAGCGCCCCAUAUAACCCGUUCAAUGUGGCUGAUGAAGUUGUGCCCAGAUACCAAUGAAAAGCCCUUUCGUACGUGUCAAAGGAAUGGCCAUGUGCAAACGUCCAGAAAGCUCAUGAGUUGUCGUUAGGAUGUGUGGAUUGUGGGAAGACUUUCGCCAGAGCGUAAGUGCCAAUCUGUUUGUAUUAAAGCAAGAUCUCGCCACUUUCUCAUCAAUGCGAUAUGCUCGGCCGAGGAAGAACUCCGAGCAUGAACAACAUUUUCUCAUUCAAUUCUCCGGCCACGUUGCAGAAUGCUGCGUGAGCAAGUGGAUCGGUCUGACCGAUAAGCCUGUGCGCGGUCGGCGGAAACAAGCUUAAAAUCUUAUACUGGUUUGUUGACUGGUCAUGACUGACGCAAGAUAGUGACCUCCUCAAACGCCACGCUACUCUUCACACAAGCACCGAACAGUCCGGUAAGAAGCGGAAGAUGAGAGCGUCGCAAGCCUGUGCUGCUUGUGUAAGUGUCAAGAACAUUCGAUUCGUUGGAAUUACGGCUCAUGUCAGUCUCAGGCGACGAUCAAAGUCAAGUGUGACCAAGAGAAGCCAUGCAAGCGGUGCAAGACAAAAGGGCUGGAGUGCCGUGUUGACUCCAACUCUGGCUCCGCAGCACUUCGCAACGGUGGGAGUGGUUCACCAGAUGCACAAUGGUCACCACAACAGACGCCUGGGAGCAGAGCGCCUGUUGAGCAUGUUCCUCUCCACACCAAUCAUGCCAACACAUACGUUCCGCAGAUGCAAGUCCCUACCAACACACACGGACCUCCGAACACUGGCCCUAUGAUCGAAGAUCCCUCUCUGACCGACUUCUUAUCCAACGUGUUUCAUCCUACGCAAGCUGCGCAGGCACAGCACCAUCCACGGACAGACGUGACUUGGAAUGGUAACUUCUCCAAUCGGGACCUCAUGGACUUCAGCCAAGAUCUGAGCAUGGAUUUCCACGAUCUGGACACGGUACUGUCUGGGAACUGGGAUCCCUGGCUAGAUCCUUCGCUUGCCGGCAACAUGCCAAUGGAUAAGCCUAGAAACCCUACAACCUCCGAGCACAGCAUUCAGUCGAUAGAUGAGAGCAUCAACCUUGGUUCCGCUGCGUACAAGCGUUCUGCCUUUAGAUGGAUCCCAAACCACGAGAAGGGGAAGGACAACGAUCAGACGCUUGCCUCGAUUCUCAUAGAUGGCCAAGGCGCAGAAAAUCUCUACCGACCAGGUCAAGAAAUCCUCGCGCAACCACUCAGCCUUCAAGAUCGGGACAAAAUGGUGGCACUGUUACUGGCAAGUUGCGAUAAGGUCAACUAUCAGCGAAUUGUGGCACUCUUCCCUGGCGUCAAGGUCCUGGACAUCUUUCUGAACGAUCAUUUACUAAACAUGGAGCACAGUAUCGACUCUUGGUUUCACGUACCGACCUUUCGUCCGGCCGAAGUCAUCCCAGAGCUUCUCACCUUGAUGGUGGCACAUGGUGCAGUCCUGAGCAAGUCGAGCCACGCUCAACGACUUGGUUAUGCCCUUCAUGACAAGUCACGUGUCGCGCUGUGGGAAUUGAUGGAACGAGACAAUAGCUACACCCGUAGUUUGCAAGCUCUCCAAGCAUACGCCAUUCGCCUUGACCUUGGGACGUGGAGCGGUAACAAGCGCACAAUGGUAAUGGCAGAGAGCGCUGUACUUCCUCUCGUCACUAUGAUCCGACGUUCUGGUGGCUUCCGUCGAUCUCGAGGAGCAGCACCCGGUCCGACCGCUGAAGAUGCGCCUGCAUCACUGGAACAGAAAUGGCGUACCUGGGUUGAGGCCGAGUCUUUCAAGCGCCUAGCGUACCACGUUUUCAUCUAUUGCGUCCAAGUCUCGAUCUCAUUCCAGACGCCGCCUGUUCUAUCUUAUGCUGAGGUGUCGCUGGAGCUGCCUGCGCCCCAGGCACUGUGGAGAGCGAAGACAGCUCAAGAAUGGCGAGAACAGUACUUUGCGCUCGGCUUGGGACAGCCAUCACCCUCCUUCGUAUCAAGUAUGUGCGAUGCGUCGAUAAUGGGUGUCGUCCGACAUCAGAUCGACCUGGAGCUUACCCUGUACCUCGUUCUCCUCAGCCAUUGGUGCCUCGCGUGGGAGUUUACUCAAUUAUCAUCCGCAAAUAAGGCGCAAGCUUCUGCCGAUAUGCAAUGGGCCGGCACACUCCUGGCAUCCUCCAAAUGCCAAGAAUUGCGUCGCCUGUUGGACUCAUUCUACGUUGCAAUUGAGGACUGGAAUGUGUUCGUUCCAAAAGAAGUCCACAUGAUGUCGCAGUUACUGCGCAUGAACUUGUGUGUGGCAUUCGGAGACCUCCAAAUUCUAGCCGGGAAAGAGGGCGAAGAAGAAGCGCGAAGAGUUCUACCGUCUUUGAAGCAAUGGUAUCGCUCACCAGAGUGUCGCGAAGCAUUGUGGCAUGCUGGUCAGGUGCUACGCGCAGCUCGACGACCUGCUGGCCGCAGUCCCAAUGCCUCCCGAUUCGCUCCCCCAGACACACCUUGGCUCCGCGACUUCAACGCUAUUGCACUGUACCAUGCCGGACUUGCGUUUUGGGUAUACGGUCUGCUUUCGCGAGCAAUCGCAAGAGACAUAGAGGCCGGCCAAGACGCUUCUGUACAAUCUGCGCGCCAAUUGCCACCGCAGCUUACCACGCCAGCUGUCGACUACGAAGGUAAUCUAAUCCGUCUUGAUGGCGAUGACGAGGAGUUGAGUGCUAUCGAUCGCCACCGCUUUAUCGGCCUGAACAAAGGACGUGCAGUCAUUUCUGCAAAAUCGCCCUUCCUGCGUGGACCAAACGUGGUCAAUCCGGGAAUGGCUAGGAUGGAAGUCACGCGAUCUAGUCGAGGGCCUGGCGCAGAGCCUGUCUUCGAGCAUCCGGAAACUGUUCCACUCGACCAUCCAAGGCAGGUCAUGGAAGUCGUAAUCCAUGCACUGGCACCAGCUAGCCAGCCUCCAGAGUCGAGCAAUCGCUCUGCUACUCCAGCUACUGGACCGCAAAGACCGGCUAUGGUUGAGAACCUUAUCCAACUCAUGCGCGAUCUUGGAGAAGCGGCGUCUUCGGUAUGA